AUGUCGGCGUCUGGAGACCGACGCGAGAUCGUCGUCAUUGGUGGUGGCAUCAUCGGAUGCUGCACCGCAUACUAUCUGACGCGACACCCAUCUUACGACCCUACCCGCCACAAAGUGACUCUCCUCGAAGCCUCCGAGAUUGCAGGCGGCGCAUCAGGGAAAGCGGGCGGACUUCUUGCCCAAUGGGCUUACCCAAGUAGCAUCGUUCCACUGAGCUUCAGGCUGCAUGCCGAACUCGCCAAGGAGUACGGCGGCAAAGAUCGAUGGGGAUACCGGGAGGUGAAUUGCGGGCAGCUUGUUGUUCGCGGUCGCGCGCUCAACGACAAGAAAACCGACGGCGCAAACUCCGAGUCCCUGCAGAAGCGCAGCGCAGCGGCUCUGUCGAAGCUGAAAUCAGCUAAGAUCCCACAGGACCUAGACUGGGUUGAGCCGGAGCUCUUGCGCGCCUACGAGAGUAUGAGUGGCCCGGGCGAGACGGCCCAGGUUCAUCCGUACCUCUUCACCACUUCGAUGGCGAAGCUGGCCGAGGAGAAGGGCGCGCAGGUUAUCCUGGGGCAGGUCACGGAUAUUGCUCGUUCGAAUGAUGCCGUGGAAUCAGUCACUUACACCGACAAAGCAUCAGGCGAAGCACGCACGAUCUCUGCCACGGACGUGGUCAUCACGGCCGGUCCUUGGACUCGGACGAUUCUCCCCGAAGCGCCCAUUUCUGCGAUGCGCGCCCACAGCGUCGUUAUCCGGCCAACAAGACCCAUCAGCGCAUACACUCUGUUUACGAACAUUGAGAUCCCCGCCAACUUCGACCCUUCCAAGAAGUCACGACCCACCGUGGCAGCACCGGAGAUCUAUGCGCGCCCCGACGAGACCGUCUAUGCCUGCGGCGACGGCGACCGGACUGUUCCGUUGCCUGACACCUCUGCAGACGUAAAGGUGGACGCGGGGAAGUGCCAGGAGAUCGUGGACCAGGUCGGCAGUAUCUCAGACGCGUUGCGCGAUGGCGAGGUCCGCACACGCCAGGCCUGCUAUCUACCCAAUGUGGACAGUGGUGGCGGGCCAUUGGUCGGUUUGACGGGGGUGAAGGGUCUCUAUCUGGCUGCGGGCCAUACUUGCUGGGGCAUCCAGAAUGCCCCUGGUACUGGGAAGGUGAUGACCCCAACUCCAAGUCCGACACAUGUCCUCAAUGCUGAAGGUGAUGCCCGAACCAUGCAUCAUCUACGUCUCUCCUUUAUCCUCACAUCGCUCCUAGUGGCCAUUGGUGCCCUGGCAGCUCACGACCCUAACGAUGUCUCCGUCCUGAUCAAAGAGGCCGCCCGCGCCAACAAUGAGUCCCUGCUCUGGGGCCCCUACAAGCCGAACCUCUACUUCGGCGUGCGCCCGCGCAUCGGCAACAGUGUCUCCGCGGGCUUGAUGUGGGCGAGAAUCGAUAGUCUCGAGGGCGUGCAACAAAACUUUCGGCAUACCUGCGAACAAAAUGAGAACAUGGCCGGCUAUGGCUGGGAUGAAUACGAUAUCCGAAAGGGCGGUCGCGAAACGAUCUACGAUACCGGCAAUGGUGUUGACCUGACUAUCGAUUUCAUCAAGGUGCCUGGCGGCCAGCGUGGAGGGAACUGGGGGUUCCGCGUGAAGGGCACGCCGCGCGAGGAUGCGGAUCCAGAUACACCAAUCACAAUGGUCUUCUAUGCCAGCAUGGAAGGACUGGGGCAUCUGAGUGCGCAAUCGCAGCCCGAGGAUGAGCUGGGCUUCCGGGGGGAUGUCAAGUUCGAGGGACACUCUCCCGAGCUUGGAGACUUCUCAAUUGAUGUCACCAAGGGUCCGGAAACGAACAAGCACCCCCGUCAUCAUCAUCCCAGCUAUGAUGAGAAGCCGCUGGACCGCAGCAUCGUGGCGAGUACGGAUAUUCCGCAGGAGGUUAUCUGGGCGGCGAAGAGGUCUUUAUUUAUUCAGAUCAAGUCGGAGCUUGACCGCUAUAUCGAGGAAUAUACCACCGACAACCUGCCUCCUGUAGAGCAACUAUUUAGUGUCCCGAACAAGCCCGGACAAAGCAAUUUCCACGUUGUCCAGAAGUUCUUCACUGGUCCCUUCGAGUUUGACGUCCUGUUCUCGUCUGCCUCUGCUCCUGAGCCGAUGACCUCGGAGAGUAUUGACAAGAAUCUCGAGAAGACUGCGCUGUCGUUCGCAAAGCGCUUCGACGAGGUUCUUGCACCGCAGGCGCCGUUCAACUCUGCAGAGUACUCGCGAUUCUCCAAGGCGAUGCUAUCCAAUCUGGUUGGUGGCAUUGGAUAUUUCCACGGUCAAGACAUCGUCGACCGUACCGCGCACCCUGCCUACGACGAGGAGAAUGAGGGCUUCUGGGAGGAAACCGAAGAGGCUCGGGUCACAGGUGCUUCAAAGCCAGAUCUUGAGGGCCCCAAGGACCUAUUCACUUGCGUUCCUUCUCGACCGUUCUUCCCGCGAGGAUUUUUGUGGGAUGAGGGAUUCCACCUGAUGCCUGUCAUGGAAUACGACCCUGAUGUCGCACUUGAAAUCAUUAAGAGUUGGUUCCAGCUGAUGGACGAGGAUGGGUGGAUCGCCCGCGAGCAGAUUCUCGGCGCAGAGGCUCGCAGCAAGGUCCCUGCCGAGUUCACCAUCCAGUAUCCUCACUACGCGAACCCUCCCACGCUCUUUAUGACCCUGGAGGCAUUCCUGGACAAGGUGACGAGCAACCAAAGCACUCAGUCUGGGUCCAUGGAUCAUACCGACAUAGCUGAGAGCCUGCGAUCUGCUACUGUCCGCAACAGGGAGCUGGCUCAUGCGUAUCUCCGUUCAUUCUAUCCGCUGCUGAAGAAGCACUACUUCUGGUACCGAAAGAACCAGCGCGGAGAUGUCACCGCGUAUGACCGUGAAGCCUUCUCGACUAAGGAAGCCUACCGAUGGCGCGGCCGAUCCAAGCAGCACGUCCUAACCUCCGGUCUGGACGAUUACCCACGGGCCCAACCACCGCACCCCGGUGAGCUGCAUGUAGAUCUGAUCAGUUGGGUGGGCAUGAUGACCCGCACAAUGCGCCGCAUUGCGGAGACCUUGGGUGAAGAAGAAGACGCCAAGGAAUUCGAGUACUACGAGAUGGCCAUCACGCGCAACAUCGACGACCUGCACUGGGACGACAGGCACAAGACCUACUGCGAUGCCACGAUUGAUGACUUCGAGGAGGACGCGCAUGUCUGCCACAAGGGCUAUAUCUCCCUCUUCCCCUUCCUGACCGGCAUGUUGGCGCCGGACAACUUCCGACUCAAGCACGUCUUGGAUCUCAUCCAGGAUCCCGAGGAACUCUGGAGCGACUACGGUAUCCGCAGUCUGAGCAAGAAGGAUAAGUUCUACGGUACAGAGGAGAACUAUUGGAGGAGUCCAAUCUGGGUGAACAUUAACUAUUUGGUGCUGAAGAGUCUCUAUAACACUGCAACCGUCUCCGGUCCUCACCAGGACCAGGCCCGGAAGAUGUACUCGCAAUUGCGCAAGAACCUGGUCGAGAAUGUCUUCCGGGAAUGGAAGAAGACGGGGUUCGCUUGGGAGCAGUAUAACCCCGAGACGGGCAACGGACAGCGCACGCAGCACUUUACCGGCUGGACCAGUAUGGUGGUGAACAUGAUGGCCAUGCCGGAUCUUUCUGGCGGUGCUGAGACUGGUCACGACGAGCUGUAG